GCAGGACGCGGGACGGCCGGGCGGGGUGCCCAGCCAUGCGCCCCGUGGGCAGGCGGGCUCGGCACCGGGGAGCAGGGCUUUGCUUGCUGGGGAGCUGCCGCCUGCAGGAGCCAUGGUCACUUUCUUCACACAGGAAGUCCAGCAACUGCUGCACAACAAGUUUGUGGUGAUCGUGGGGGAUUCCGUCCAGCGAUCGGUUUACAAGUACCUGGUGUUGCUUUUGCAGAAGGACGCUCUCCUCAGCCAGUCCCAGCUGAAAGCCAAGGGGGAGCUGAGCUUCGAGAACGACUGCCUGGUGGAAGGCGGCAUGCGGGGCGAGAUGACCAACGGCACCAACUAUAGGGAGGUGCGGCAAUACCGCACUGAUCACCACCUGGUGCGCUUCUACUUUGUCACUCGCAUCUACUCCGACUACAUGGAGAGCAUCCUGGCUGACUUCCAGGCUGGGCCCCAGCCCGACGCCAUCAUCAUCAACUCCUGCUUAUGGGACGUGAGCAGGUACGGCGCUAAGUCCAUGAAGCAGUACCGGGUGAAUCUGGAGAAGGCCUUUAACCGGCUGGACAAGGUGCUGCCCCAUGCCUGCCUCCUGGUGUGGAACAUUGAAUUCAAUAGGUGUCCUUGCCCUGUGGCUUGUGGUGCAGGCUGCAGCAAGGGCUGUACAACCCCUCUCGCAGCUUCCUAG